AUGGGACCUACUUACUUUCCAGCAGAUAAGGACAUUGAGCGGACACACGGGUGGCGUAUUAUGCUUGACCAUGAUGUAGGGGAUCUAUUUUCAGUAGUUUAUUCCGAUUCUUUGGAAACUUUAUAUAUUGGAUGUCAAAAUACCAGUAUACAACAAUUUGAUUUGUCUGUCAAAGAAAAAUACAGAUCUUUACAUUUACCAAAUACAUGUAAAUGCUCUAAAUUCUUUGAUACUUUACCACCUAAAUUGUCGGAUGAUAACAAAGGGAUUAUGGCUGCUAAUGUUUAUGCUGAAAUUAGUUAUAUUCCCAAAAAUGAAAUUGAUGAUGUUGAUAUCCCAAGAUACGAAAUUGAUGAUACAAUGGUAUAUUGGAAUAGUCAUAAUGGAUAUGUGUAUGCUUUAUUAUUGGGAAAGAAUAAGGAUGAUGCAGGUGUUCUGACCAUUACUUUACAUGAAGAUUUAUUAUUCUGCGGUGCCCAAGAUGUCAUGUUAUAUGCAUUAUCGAAAUUGGUUUCAUUACGCACAGUUAGUGGAAAUGACAAAUAUCUUGAAGAAUGUUUUCGUGGUGCAAAAUUGCUGAAAAGUAUUUUUGAACAAUUAGGCGCUGAAGCUUUUUUGCUUCCAGGAAUUCCUGGUCGGAACCCUUUAGUAAUUGGCAAAUUCUUAGGAAUUAAAGACAAUGAAUUGGCUACUGCCUCCACCAAUGUUCAGAAAACACUUAAUAUUUUGGUUUAUGGACAUUAUGAUAUCGUUGAUGCUGAAGAAGAAGCGUGGUUAUCUAACCCUUUCGAAAUGCUUGGACCGAUGUUAGCAGCAAUAUUUGCGGCCAGUGAAUUGAGACAAGAAAAAGGGUUAAAAACAAAUGUGUCUUUUUUAAUCGAAGGUGAAGAAGAAAAUGGUAGUGAAGGGUUUCAUAAUAUUAUUGAUAAUUCAAAGACACCAUGCUUAACUUACGGUCUUCGAGGAGUUAUUCGUGCUACAAUUGAGAUCUCAAGUUCAAAAGAUGAUGUACAUUCAGGUGUGGAAGGUGGAGCUGUUUCGGAAUCACUGAACGAUUUGAUUCGGGUAUUGGCAAAAUUGGUUUCUAAUGAUAAUCAGAUUCUGAUACCUGAUAUUAAAAAUUCAUUAAUGUCAAGAUGGCGCCAUCCAACAUUAACCAUUCAUAAAAUAGAUGUUAGCGGGCCAAACAAUGUGACAGUAAUUCCAAGGUCCGCUAAAGCAGCUGUUAGUAUGAGAAUUGUGCCAGAUCAAGAUUUAGAAGAGAUUGCUGCAAAUUUUGUGGAGUAUGUUGAAUUAGUAUUUGGAGAAUUAAAGACGGACAACACUAUUAAAGUAGCAGAUUGGUGGUUAGGAGAUCCUGAAAACCGAUUUUUUAAAGCUGCUGAAGAAACCGUUAGACAGGAAUGGGGAGUAAACCCACUAUAUGUAAGGGAAGGCGGGUCAAUUCCUGCUAUUAGAUGGUUAGAAAAGAAGUUUAAUGCGGUUGUAGUUAAUUUACCUAUGGGUCAAGUAAGUUUUAAAAUUACAUGA